AAAAAAAAUUUAAGUUAAAUAUCAUUCAUACAUCAUAGCGUCUCUUCCAAGUUCUGGGAAGAGAUUAUGGGAAAAACUAUUAGCUGCUCUGUUUUACUAGCUUUAAUAUCUUGUUUUUACUUACUAUUUGCCACUGCUUUAGACACAAUAACACCAUCAAAAUCCAUCAAAGACCCUGAUGUUAUAAUCUCUCAGAAUGGUGUUUUCCGAUUGGGAUUCUUCAGCUUGGCUAACUCCAGCAAUCGUUAUGUAGGGAUUCUCUACAAUCAAAUCCCCGUACAAACUGUUGUGUGGGUAGCAAAUAGAAACAGGCUUCUCGAAGACUCUUCUGGGAUUCUCAACAUAUUAGAUGAUUGCAGCCUUGUUGUUUCCAAUGGAAAAGCUGAGGUUCUUUGGUCAUCACAUGUUAACAAUACAGCUCCUAAUGCAACAACUGCCCAGCUUUUAGACUCUGGAAACCUUGUCCUUAGUAAUGGUGAGGAUGGAGCAAGCAGCUUAUGUGAGAGUUUCGAAGAUCCUUCUAAUGCAUUCAUUGAAACUAUGAAGAUCAGUACUGAUGUUAAAAAGGGUCGUAAAGUAGAGCUGAAAUCAUGGAAAAGCAUUGAUGAACCAUCUGAUGGUAACUUUUCUCUUAGCCUUGAACCUUUCAACAGCCCAGAGGGCAUCAUUAGAAAGAAUAACGAGCUCUAUUAUCGGACCGGUCCAUGGAAUGGGAAUACCUUUAUUGGCUUAAUAGAUAAGUACACUGCUUAUCUUGAAGGGUUUGAUGUUGUUGCAGAUAAUCCACAACAACCGUACUAUAUGACUUACGAAAUUUCUAAUGACUCUAUGUUGAUAUACGGUGAAUUAGAUUCUCAAGGAAAAUUCACUGAAUGGAAAUGGGAUGCGGGGAAAGGGAACUGGAUAUUCAAGUACUCUAGUUAUCAAACAAAUUGUGAUGUUUAUGGAUACUGUGGGGCAUUUGGAAUAUGCGAUUCAUCGAGACGACCCAUUUGCAGUUGCUUAAAGGGGUUUAAGCCUAGGAAUAUAGAGGAAUGGAGUAGAGGUAAUUGGAGUAGUGGAUGUUUUAGGACUACCCCUUUGCAGUGCCAAAGAGAUAACAACAAUGGCAGUGGAGCAGGCCAAGGUGAUGAUGGGUUUUUGGAGAUGAAGAGGAUGAAAGUGCCAGCAUUUCCACAUCCGUCAUCAAUAAGUAACGGUCAGUGCAAAGACCAAUGCAUGAACAUGAAGUUCGUGCGUGGCUUAUGCGUAUGAUGAUGGCAUUGGUUGCAUGUUGUGGAGUGGAGAUUUGAUUGAUGUCCAGAAAUUCUCCGCUAGCGGCGUCGAUCUUUACAUUCGUCUGCCAUUUUCGGAACUGGAUAAAGUGAAAAGUAGUAAGAUCAUUGUUAUUACAACAGUAAUUGCGGGCAUACUCAUUAUUACAAUUUCUACGCUCUUCUUAUGGUGUAGGAUAGCUAAAUAUAAAGGUAGUACAUAUGAAAAAUAUUUAUAUGUAUAAAUAAUUUAUUAAGAAAUUACAAAUUAAACUAGAAAUAUAUAUGUAGAAAAUACUGAUAAAUCUGAAACGAUAUAUUGAAACA